AUGGAUGUGGCUGGUGUGCCAGCUGCAGUCGCUCCAGUAGUCGGAUUGUCACACUUUGCGCCCAUCCAGCAAGGCGCCAUUGGAGCUCUGGGGUCUUUGCCGGGAACGGUUUGUGCGCAUCCUUUGGACGUGGUGAAAAUCCGUUCCCUGGAUGCACGGUCCCACAUGGCCACGUGUUCGCUAUUGGAUGCGGCACGGGGCAUUUUCCGGGACCGAGGAGUUCGCGGCUUCUAUCGAGGCUUGCUGCCUGCCUUGGAGCAACGCUUCCUCUCGAGGGGGCCCAUGUUCUUGGUGUCGGAGGUGAGCACCCAGGUGGUGGCAGAGCGCGUGCCAUGCACGGAGCUGCAAGCACGUGCCUGCGGAUCGGCCUUAAGCGGCUAUGUCGUAGGAUGCCUGCAGGGGGUGUCAGAGUACCGGAAGAAGCUCUUGAGUCAAGGAGUUGUAUUAGCAUCUGAAGCGGGGUGGGGCAACAUUUGCUCGCAAGCUUGGGGCGCUGGGCUCUUGCGGAAAGGGCUCCUCCGCCGUAUGCAUGCGGCAGCGCUUUGCUGCUCCGUCUUCGACAGCACCUUCUUUUGCACUCGCGACUUCCUCACGACGUACUUGGCACCACCGCUGGCCUAUGGGAUGGCUGCAGCCACUGCAGUUGUGGUGGCAUAUCCCUUGGACACUGCUGUGUCGAGGAUGCUGAUUGUCCCUCCACACAAGCCAGUGGCCUGCAUGAGACGCUUGGCCGAGGUCUGCUUUUCCAUUUUCUUCUCCGGGCUGCAGUCCGGAAGACGGAUAGAGAGAGUUCUGGGAUGUUCUCGGUGUGUCCUCGGUGUGUAUUCUCGGCACCGUCCCCUGCCUUAA